GUUUUUGACAAGUUCAGCUGCACAGGAAACGUGUGACUAUCUGAGUCAAGUUCUUGGUACAAAUCCAUUAGUACUAACGGAACUAGAUCUGAGUGAAGAUAAAUUAGGAGACCUGGAUGGAGAGAAACUCUCUGCUCUUUUGAUGGACUCUCAUAGCAAACAUGAGAAAAUGAAGCUGAAUAAUUGUGAGCUGACAGAGAAAAGCUGUUCAGUUCUAGCUACUGUUCUCUCCUCCAAAACCAUCCUGAAAGAGAUGAACCUGAACAACAGCCGUCUGCUGGACUCAGGAGUCAAAGAGAUCUGUAAGGGACUGAAGAAAUCUAAGCUAAAGAUAUUAAAUUUCCAGGUUUUUGGUGGUGUAUCAGUGACAAACACAUCACACCUGAGAGAGCUGAACAUCAGUGUGAAUCAACUAGGAGACUCUGGAGUUGAAAACCUUGGUGUUCUGUUGGGCAGUUCACGAUGCAAGCUGGAAAAACUACAUCUGUGUGGAUGCAGUAUUACAGAGAAACAGUGUCUCAUCCUGACUUCAGCUCUGUGUUUAAACCCAUCACACCUGAGAGAACUGGACCUCAGUCAGAAUAAAAUAGAAAACACAGGAGUGAAUCACUUAUCUGACGUACUGAAGGAUUCAUACUGUAAACUGGACAGAUUGAGUCUAAAUGACUGUGGCAUUACAGAUGUUGCUUGUUUGGCUCAGUCUUUGGCUGAAACAAAAGCACUGGUGUUUUUAAAAGAGCUUGAUCUGAGUAACAAUAAAAUAGGAGACUCCAAGCAGCAGCUCAGUGAUGUGCUACGAGACUCAAACUGUAAACUGAGGUGA